CACUUGUAAGUGUCUAACUUCAGGUGAGAAGAUAUAUACAUGCGGCCUUUGAUAUAUCUCUGACCUGAAGGUCUGCUAGUAAACAUAACAUAACUUUAGAGGCAAUAUAGAUAAAUCUCGUACUUUAAAGGGAAUAUAUUAAUUAAUCUUAGUGUUAUUAGGUGUAUAUAAUUAGGCUCACAAUGGAUGUAUUUUUAAUGAUCAGGCGAAAGAAAAUGACAAUAUUUACCGACGCGAAGGAUGAUACCACAGUUCUCGAGCUUAAGAAAAUGAUUGAAGGUAUACUAAAAGUACCACCGGCAAAUCAACAGUUAUUUAAUAAAGAUUAUCUUCCAAUGUCUGAUAACAAAACAUUACAAGAUUAUGGAUUGACAUCGUUAACUGCAAAGGCGCAAUGUCCUGCAUUAGUUGGUUUAGCUUUACGUCAGUCAGAUGGUCAAUUUGAACCUUUGGAAAUGACACCGUUUUCAUUACCGCCUGAUCUCCCCGAUGUUAUGAAAUCUCAAGAAAAUAAUGGACAGGAGCAAUCACCUUGAAAUGAUGCGUAUAUGAUAUUGCACCAAUUGACGAUGAAGUUUUGUGUUCUAUACAACUUAGUAAUCGUCAGGGCAGCUCUGAAUGGUAAAACGAGAGAAAAUCUUAUGUACCAUGUACUAUGUGAAUAUUAGAAUGUGAAUAUCAUGGUAUUAAGAGAGAGCACUAUGCGAAUAUUAGAUACGUACAAUUUUAUACGGAUGUUCAGAGCGGCAAAAUUUUUUAAUAUUUAAUCUAAUGAGGAUGCAAUGUAGUCACACAAUCUUCAGUUUUGUAAUGACAUGUGGCGAGUACUAAGAUUUGUACUUGAUUAUUAAACUGAAGGUAAUAAUAAAACUAAAAAUGAAUCAUGCUCACACUCUACAA